UCUAAAGCUGACGUGACAUCUCUCUCAAAUCUCAAUUUCACACUUCUCUUCUUUCUUUUCCUCUCUCCCAAACAGAAACUCUAUGUUUAUGUCGGAAAAUCAACGGUGGAUGGAUGAGCUCGCCGUCGCAAGGAGAGAAGCUUCUUCUUGGGACUUCCCUUUCACCGACAUUAACAUUCAUCGUCACUGCAGCACGAGUCACAAAUUUGACAUCUUGAAGAGUCCUCUUGGAGAUAACGAAGAGGAGAGUAAUAAUCACAACCCUAAUUAUAGUAACAGCGAGAGUGGUAAGAAGGAGACGACUGACAGUGGACAGUCUUGGUCUUCGUCUUCUUCAAAACCGUCGAUCUUGGGGAGAGGACAUUGGAGACCCGCUGAAGAUGUUAAACUCAAAGAGCUUGUCGCCAUUUACGGUCCACAAAACUGGAACCUCAUAGCUGAAAAGCUCCAAGGAAGAUCCGGGAAGAGCUGUAGACUUCGUUGGUUCAACCAAUUAGAUCCGAGGAUAAACCGAAGAGCUUUCACGGAGGAAGAAGAGGAGAGGCUGAUGCAAGCACAUAGGCUUUAUGGUAACAAAUGGGCAAUGAUUGCGAGGCUUUUCCCUGGUAGGACUGAUAAUUCUGUCAAGAACCAUUGGCAUGUUGUCAUGGCUCGUAAGUAUAGAGAACACUCCUCGGCUUACCGUAGGAGGAAGCUUAUGAUUGAUAAUCCACUUAAACCUCAUCAUCUUCCUAAUCAUCCUAACCCUAACCCUAAUUACCAAUCUUUUAUCUCCACUAAUCACUACUUCACUCAGCCUUUCCACGAGUUUAAUUUGAGUCAUCACCUGGCUAAUAAUGCGUCUAUCACGACUGACCAUAAUCAGCUUGUGUUGCCUUUCCAUUGCUUUCAAGGUUAUGAGAGCAAUGAGACGAUGGUUGUGAGUAUGUUUGGCAACCAAAUGAUGGUCGGCGAUAAUGUUAGUGCCACGUCAGAAACGUUAUAUCAUUUUCCUUAUAUCGACUCUACGAGCCAAGAGAAACGAGUGCCAAAUGAGCCAAUGAAUUGGAUCGGAAUGGAAGUGGUAGAUGAUGAUCAAGUGGUGGAGAAGGCUAAGCAGCAACCACAUUUUUUCGAUUUUCUUGGCUUGGGGACGACAUGAAUCAUAGUGAUCAAUAUGGUUACAAAAAGAGAGCAGGAAGUUAGCCUUAUAAGCUAGAAAGCAUACAAACCAAGAUCCAAGUCAUUGUCCUUGGUUUGCAUUUAUUAGUAAAUUGUAGAUUGUUGUUGUUGGCGGUCUAGUGUAACAUUUAAUAAACUCUUAGUAUUAGUAAAUCUUUGAUAUAUUUUUUAACUAAGGAGGUUAGUCUAAUUAAGAAAAAGGCAAUUCUUUG